UUCCCCUCCCUGCUGCUGCCUGUCAGAGCUUCUCGGGGGAUAUUACAGGGGCUUCAGUCUGGAGCUCAAAGCACAAAGUCAUCCAGUGUAAUGAACUUCUGGAAACCUUUUCCUUUUUGUGCCAUUCACUUUGUGAGAGCCAGAGACUGCCUCCUCUGACGCUUCUUCCCCCCCCCCCCAUAUUUUCCAGGCUGUGAUCUCUCCUAGCUGCACUGAGGCACUCAGCACAGAAUCCAGCUCACACAUCCUACCUUCUCCUUUCAUUGCUGCUGGUAUUAUUUUUCUUCUAGGACAAUAAUAGCGAGCCCCCGUCUAAACCAUUUGGGUUCUCCUCGGCUCCGGGAAGGAUUUUCUUGCAGCACCAACAAACCGCAGCAAACUUGUCUCUGUCUCAAGAAACCUUCUCAAGAAGCUACCAGAGCUAGGAAGAGACGCGAGGAUGUGUCGAUUCCCAACGGGCAAGGACUUCUGACUGCUUGGGAAACACCUGUCACUGAGAGAGAAAACCAAGAAAGGGGAGAACAGAGAUCUCCCCAAAGCAGCAAGACUUUAGCCAGAGUUAGCGAUUUCCAAAGGGAUUCGAGCAUGAGCAAACCGGCAGGAUCAACAAGUCGUAUAUUAGACAUCCCUUGUAAAGUGUGUGGGGACCGCAGCUCCGGCAAGCACUAUGGGGUUUACGCUUGCGAUGGAUGCUCAGGAUUUUUCAAACGAAGCAUCAGGAGGAACAGGACGUACGUCUGCAAAUCUGGAAAUCAGGGAGGUUGCCCCGUGGAUAAAACACACAGGAAUCAAUGCAGGGCGUGUCGACUGAAGAAAUGCUUGGAAGUCAACAUGAACAAAGACGCUGUGCAACACGAAAGAGGUCCAAGAACAUCCACAAUAAGGAAGCAAGUCGCGCUGUAUUUCAGAGGACACAAGGAAGAAAAUGGAGCUACACCUCACUUUCCCUCAGCAGCUUUACCUGCUCCGGCCUUCUUUACUGCUGUCACGCAGCUGGAACCCCACAAUCUAGAGCUGGCUGCUGUAUCUACGACCCCCGAGCGGCAGACGUUGGUGGGCCUGGCACAACCAACUCCAAAGUAUCCACACGAAGUCAAUGGUACACCUAUGUACCUCUAUGAAGUGGCCACUGAAUCUGUUUGUGAAUCUGCCGCCAGGCUUCUCUUUAUGAGUAUCAAAUGGGCCAAGAGCGUUCCAGCCUUUUCCACUCUGUCGUUACAAGAUCAGCUGAUGCUUUUGGAAGAUGCUUGGAGAGAACUGUUUGUUCUAGGAAUAGCACAAUGGGCCAUUCCAGUUGAUGCUAACACUCUACUGGCUGUAUCUGGCAUGAAUGGUGACAAUACAGAUUCUCAGAAGCUGAAUAAAAUUAUUUCAGAAAUACAGGCUUUACAGGAGGUUGUGGCUAGAUUUAGACAACUUCGGCUAGAUGCUACUGAAUUUGCCUGUCUCAAAUGCAUUGUCACUUUUAAAGCUGUACCUACACACAGUGGUUCUGAACUGAGAAGUUUUCGAAAUGCUGCCGCCAUUGCAGCUCUUCAGGAUGAAGCUCAGCUCACUCUGAACAGUUACAUCCACACCAGGUACCCCACACAACCCUGCCGUUUUGGAAAACUCUUAUUGCUUUUGCCAGCUUUACGUUCAAUUAGUCCCUCUACAAUAGAAGAAGUGUUUUUUAAAAAAACCAUUGGGAAUGUGCCAAUUACAAGACUGCUUUCAGAUAUGUACAAAUCCAGUGAUAUAUAAACCACCUUAAAAACAAUCAAUCAAGACGGACAGUUUGAUAAGAACUUAUCUAUGGAGAAUAAGCCUCAACUAACAAAAUCUACAGGAAGUAUAAGCCUGGGAAUGUUUAACUUUUAAAUUCAUUGAGAAAUUU